GCUCCUCCUGCUGCUGUUGCUGCUGCUUUAUUACCAAACCUCCCACAUAUCUUUCACUUUCCACGUCCAUUUAUCAACUACUCUCUCCGUCACCUACCUUGUAUUCUCCGGCCAUCGUUUAUAUGCGACAUGGACUACCAUUUAUCUGAAAACAAAUCACUUGCUGAUGAUGAUGAUGUGUCCAAAAUCUCUUGUGAAGCUGAAAUCAUGCCCCUUGUCCUAGAUGACGAGGCCCCGUCGCCUAAAAAGAGCAAGAAGGUUGAAGGGAAGAGAGUGGUGACAGUGCCAAUGGUGGAGGGGGAUGUAUAUCCUCCGGCAGAUUCAUGGACCUGGAGAAAAUAUGGACAGAAGCCCAUCAAAGGUUCGCCUUUUCCCAGGGGAUAUUACCGUUGCAGUUCUUCAAAAGGUUGUCCAGCUAGAAAACAAGUUGAGAGAAGUCUAAAAGAUCCCACAUUCAUCGUCAUUACUUACGCUUGUGAUCACAACCACCUCAGCCCCGUAACCGCCAAACGUUCCCAGACCACCAGUUCAGAUGUCAAGUUCCCACCAGAAGAAGAAGCCGUCUUUGCUAAUCAGCCGGAUCUGGAACCUGACAACGUGGAAUUCGCACAGUUUGUUGCUGAUUUCGGUUACUUGUCUAAGAUAACAUCCGUCAUUCUUGAAAAUCCUGUACCUGAAAGAUCUAUAUGCACAGAGCCGAUGUUCUCCACCAGAGAUGAUGAGGACUCCUUGUUUGCUGAUCUUGGAGAGCUGCCUGGAUGUUCACUAGUUUUUCAGCCCAAGGAUAGUAGGAAAUGCAAUUUUUAUACACCUUGCCACAACUGUUCAUGACAGUGUAUAUUUGCUUUAAAAGAUGACUUCAUCUUAUUUUUAUUCUCAAUAUUUCCUGUUGUAGUUUAAAGUUGCCAACAAUUGAAUGUAAAUGUUGUGGUUAAUACAUAGUGGAGUUGAUAAUUUUAGAA